ACAACCUCGACUAAGCGACACCAUCAAGGCGUUGUCAAAGCUCCGCGCGCAACUUUUGAAACCUCAUCUUUCAUUACCUGAACCUGUUUCAAGAUGGUAUGUCAAGCUACGCUGGACGGAACCUCCAUAGCGCGCUCUCAACAUCGCCGCGCCCUGAGCUCCCCUGAACUGGAACCUCCCUGACACGACAACGAGUGUUCACCAUGCUAAGAUGACUGGACAGGAAUCUAGCUCCGUCGCCCUCGAGGGAAACCGAUACCACGCAUCAUGGGAGCCCAAGCAAGCGUUGGCACGCGCCGAAGGCGUGAUCGCUACUGAGCUCGCCGCACGGGAUACUGUCGACAACGGUGUGAGGAUGUUUGUCAUUAUCGGGGUGCCCAUCCUCGGCGCCGCCGUCAUCUCUUUCUUUGUCGGGUGUUGUAUUGCGCACGUCAGGAUCAAACGGCAAGAGUACGGCAGUAAAGACGUGGAGAUGGGAAGGAGAUAAUGGCAGUGUACGAUUGCGAGUAAUUAGGACUAAAGGGCUCUCUGUCUUGAUAAGCGUUUGGACUGUACUUGGGCAGGGCCGAGUUUGCGCGUUGUUGAGCCGGUGUUGGAGGAAGCAACAUGACCAUUCAUUGCAAGACCUCCAAACCCCAAAGAUUCAACCCAAAAACCAAUCUCCCUCAGAAAGCCAUAGCCGCCAAGUUCCAUCGAUAUUAACUUGAGAACCA